GCGGGCAGCUGUUCCAGAACGGCAGAGGAUUUGUACCUAAAGCCGCGCGGCCCUCAACUUAUUAGGGAUAUCUCUAGCGGGGAUUAAGCAAACGUGUAGGUAGAAUAUCCCGAGGGAUCCCUAAUAAGCAGCGGUCUCGCGGAUUUACCCAAUUGGUAGGUAGAUUUUGUAUCCAUCAGGUAACUCCUUUUUGUCCUAUAAAACCUUGCGAUAAAUGCCAAUGGACCAUCAGUUCCUUGCCAACAAUUCAACCAUGAAGUACAACCGCGUGAUGAACAAACGGAAGACCAGCAGCCAGACUCCCUCGCCAGCCAGGGAAUCAUCAGUCGCCGCCGCCAGCUCCGAGGAUUUCGGAACCAUGUCGUAUGGUGCCUUGGAAAUGGAGGCUGCCGCCGCACUGCUCAUGCUACGCUAUCAGUAUGACAGACAGGCGAUGCCAGUGCACUCCACUGCGAUGACACGUUCACCCACACCGCCGCAUCGUCUCGCCGACAAACGCACGCCCAAGGAUCAGGCAGUGCGCACUCCGGACUCUGCUCAGCCGCUGAAGAAGCGUUCCAUACCCACGCAUCUGCUGAGACGCUCCCUAACGCCAGCCAAAUCCGCCACCAAAGGAGGAGGAUCCUCAUCGAUUGUGAAGGCCAAGUCGCGUUUGACGCCUGUGCCACGCCGCAAUGACAACGACUGCAACAAGGUGCUGCUCAAGUCCUGCCGCAAUAUGAUACGAGAGUUUCUGGACAAUCAGGAACUCAUCUAAGUGUGAAGAAGUGAAAGGAAAUGCAUAGAUGGAUCCAUAGGAUGUAUCCAGUGUGUAUCAUUUUUUUUCAUUUAUUUAUUGCAUAUAAAUUUGUUUCCGUUUUUCUUUAAUAUUUUUUUCUAUACACAUAAACUAUGUAUGCAUAUGUAUUGAUCGAAAGAUAUAAUCGGUAAAGGUUUCUUUUUGUUUUGUUUGUUGUUUGCAAAUGGAAGAACAGGUAUUGUGGCGACACUAGAGUGCUAAUUAUUAGCUAUUGGCGGUGUGU